UGUACACUGCGUCGCCGUUUGUUUACGCUUUAUUGUGAAGAUGGCUGCUGGAAUUGGGAAACACAAAUUGAUAUGCUCUGGGCCAACAGAGCCCUGGUCAAUUCGAGAGAAGCUAUGUCUUGCAUCUUCAGUCAUGCGCAGUGGGGACCAGAAUUGGGUAUCUGUGAGCCGUGCCAUCAAACCCUUUGCAGAACCUGGAAGGCCUCCAGACUGGUUUUCCCAGAAACACUGUGCCUCACAGUAUUCAGAAUUGCUGGAGACUACAGAGACCCCAAAGAGAAAGCGAGGAGAAAGAGGUGAAGUUGUGGAAACAAUAGAAGAUGCUAUUGUAAGGAAAUUGACAGCAGAAAGAAUCGAGGAACUUAAGAAAUUAAUUAAAGAAACUCAAGAAAAAUACAGGAAAUUAAAGAAAGAAGCAGAAUUGAUUCAAAGUGGCCACAUGGACAGCAAACUGGAGGAACUGUGGAAUGACAUUGUAGUCAAGAAAAAACAGGAUGAAGAGGAGGCAGAGUUGAAGAGAAAGACCACAGAUGCUGCUUAUCAAGCUCGCCAGGCAGUUAAGAACAUUCCUCGUAGGACUCCAAGCACAAUGGGCCGCUCCUCUGUAGGAUCCUCGUCUCCAGGAGGAGAGUUUGGUUUGGGGGACCUGACACCAAGUAGUACUGAGGAGGGAAGCGCGGGGGUAAGUGUGGGGUCUUUGCCAAGCACACCAAUCACCUCUUUCAUUGGGAUUCCUGAUACCCCUCCUCCUACCUCCGCCCCCCUGGAAUUCCCGUUGACCCCUGUGAUGGAUGACUCUCCCCAGAAAAAGAUGCUAGGACAGAAAACUCCUCCCCCUUCCCCGCUGCUCUCGGAGCUACUGAAGAAAGGCAGUCUGUUGCCCACGAGUCCCCGGCUGGUCAGUGAGGGCGAAAUGACUUUAGCUUCUGGACACAUUUCUGGUUCAGGUGUCCUGAUGGAUGUAGGUGUUAUUCCAUCCCUGCAUGAUGGGGAACUGCAUGCCAUUUCAGGCUCAAUUCCAGCAUCCCCAGUAGCUUCGGGUGCUCCUACUCUGUCCCGGCUUCUAGAAGCUGGUCCUACACACUUUGCUGCACCUCUUGCUUCCUUCUCUGCUGUUGCCGCCAGUGAGCCUCCACCUAAACCUUUGCUGACCCCUUUAGAGCCCCAGGCCACCAUUGUUAUGAUGUCAACACUUCCAGUGACUGCUGCUGUCCCAGUGAGCCAGCAGGAAAGCAAUGACUCUACUCCCGACCACCAUGCAGUCUCCGUAUCAAUGGACAGCAGCGACAUCUCUAUGAUUAUAGACUCUAUCAAUAAGGAGUGCAUGGCAAAUGGAGACGGUAGUAGACAAUCAAAGGAUGAUAUAUCAGAAGGCAAGGCAGACCUGGAUCUAGCAGAAAAAAUGGAUAUUGCCGUUUCUUACACUGGGGAGGAACUGGAUUUUGAGACUGUUGGUGAUAUAAUUGCAAUUAUUGAAGAUAAGGUGGAUGACCACCCAGAAGUACUUGAUGUGGCUGCAGUUGAAGCUGCUCUAUCGUUCUGUGAGGAGAAUGAUGAUCCCCAGGCCCUUGGGGGCCCUUGGGAUCAGGCUGUCCAGGAACAUACAGCAAAACAGGACACUCUAGGUCAGUCUGGUCUUGGUCCGCCUCUUAUUCCAGUUCCCAAAGAACCAGAAAACAUAAUGAACAUCAUGGAACUAACUUCUGAAAUAAAGACAGAACCACCUGACCCAGAUAUUGAACCUACUCAAGAAGAGGAGCAUUCUGUCCUUUCUGAUUCAUCUUUUCAACCUGAGCAAAAUGAAGAGUCAGAAGAGUUAAAGGAAACUAAUUUAAAUGAGAUGAUUAAGGAAGAGGAAUCAGAGGAGCAAGUUAAAACAGAGGAACAACCGUCUGAAGCAUCUCAAAGUGAGGCUUUCCCUACAGAGGAUGAAACUAGUAUAACAGAACAGCAACCAGUGUUAAUUGACCAAGUAAAAUCGGAGUCUCAGUCUGGCAGCCUUAAUAAGGAUUCACAAGGAGAAGAAGAAGAAGAGGAGGAAGAUGAAGUUGCAAGUGAGGUGGGAAGUCCAGAGGAACCCAAAGAGGAAGAACCUGGAGAAGAAUAUCUGUCCGAGAUGGACAAUGAACCUCCCGUCAGUGAAAGUGAUGAUGGUUUCAGUAUCCAUAAUGCCCACCUACAAUCCCACACACUUGCUGAUUCGAUUCCUAGCAGCCCAGCUUCCUCACAAUUCUCUGUGUGCAGUGAAGACCAGGAAGCAAUACAAGCCCAGAAAAUCUGGAAAAAGGCUAUCAUGUUGGUUUGGAGGGCAGCUGCCAAUCACAGGUAUGCAAAUGUUUUUCUCCAGCCUGUGACUGAUGACAUUGCCCCAGGAUAUCACAGCAUUGUACAGAGGCCCAUGGACUUGUCUACCAUAAAGAAAAACAUUGAGACAGGAUUGAUUCGGAGCACUGCAGAGUUCCAGCGUGACAUAAUGCUCAUGUUCCAGAAUGCAGUGAUGUACAACAGCUCUGACCAUGAUGUGUAUCAUAUGGCUGUGGAAAUGCAAAGGGAUGUGCUGGAGCAGAUCCAGCAAUUCCUGGCCACUCAGUUAAUAAUGCAGACAUCUGAAUCUGGUAUAAGCGCUAAGAGCUUAAGGGGACGUGACUCCACGCGCAAACAAGAUGCUUCUGAGAAGGACAGUGUCCCCAUGGGCUCUCCUGCCUUCCUUCUCUCUCUUUUUGAUGGAGGUACGCGUGGACGCCGCUGUGCUAUUGAAGCUGACAUGAAAAUGAAAAAGUGAACUGUAAUUGGAUCCCUUAUCACUUACAGACAUUGAUAUCUGAGGUUUCUCCAUGAAAAGAACAGGAGUUAUUCUGCUAGCUGACAACCUCUUCCCAGUCUUGCGAAGCUUGUGAAACCAUAGGACAGCACAUUACUCCAUCUUGACUUUUAACAGUGGCAGAAUGUUGUGAAUAAAUUGUACAUAUGCACAGUAAAUGUUCAGAAUAUUUUUUGUUCUGUUCAUGUUUAGUCUAUUCAAGAAUUUCUACAGAAUUAUUUAAGUAGAUGACUGUGUCAUCACAUUAGGCAUUUAAGUAUUGUUUUUGUCUUGGAAAUUAUAUAUGGCAUGAAAAAUGAAAUCUCUGUUUUUUGCGUUAUUAAAAUUUAAGUCUAAAA